AUAACAACAAAAGCACAACACUCAUCGUCACCGACCGCCUCUCCAUCCAAAACCACCCUCACAUCAUACACCAUGGCCGAAAUCCGGCGAAAGCUCGUCAUCGUCGGCGACGGUGCCUGUGGUAAAACCUGCUUGUUGAUCGUCUUCUCCAAGGGCACUUUCCCCGAGGUUUACGUCCCCACCGUCUUCGAGAACUAUGUCGCCGAUGUCGAGGUCGAUGGCAAGCACGUCGAGCUAGCUCUUUGGGAUACCGCUGGCCAGGAGGAUUACGACCGUCUUCGCCCUCUGUCCUACCCCGACUCCCACGUCAUCCUCAUUUGCUUCUCCAUCGACUCUCCCGACUCGCUCGACAACGUCCAGGAGAAGUGGAUCUCCGAGGUUCUGCACUUCUGCCAGGGCCUGCCCAUCAUCCUUGUCGGCUGCAAGAAGGAUCUCCGCUACGACAACAAGACGAUUGAGGAGCUCCGCAAGACGAGCCAGAAGCCCGUGUCGCCUGAGGAGGGUGAGGAGGUUCGCAAGAAGAUCGGCGCCUACAAGUACCUCGAGUGCUCUGCCAAGACGAACGAGGGAGUCCGUGAGGUCUUUGAGCACGCCACUCGUGCCGCCCUUCUGUCGCGCAGCCGAGGCGGCAGCAAGAAGCACAAGUGCAACCUGCUCUAAAUACAUACCCGCACUUCGACUCGUCUGCACACACGCCCACCCGCCAACGUCUCCCUCCCUGUAUCCUCCUUCCCGCUUUGGGACCCUCAAACACUUUUGUGUCCCAUUUUCACCCCCAAUUGUAAUCUCCAUACCGAUCAAUCGUCCUCAUUCAUUUGCCCGCCGUCGAAUUUAUCCUCCCCCGGCUUUUUCGGAUGAGCAAGGGUCGUCGCGGCGGUUUUGGAGGGCGAGGACUAUAUCCGCCUGCAUAGGUUCCUGGAAUUUGGAAGUUUUGAUCAAUAUCGUCUCGUUCUCACCAAGAGCUUUGCGCGCAAAGCACACGCAUGCACAUCCUCAAGUUUGGCCGGAAGUCCUAUGUGUUGUGAAUUUGUUUGAGGGCCUGCCGGUUCUUCAGGCUUUGCCAGCCGGGAGAAGAGGCAGGCGUGCUCGUCUGUCCGUUCGGAUGGACUUGCAGGACUUGCGUGAGGGUGCUUCGUAUCUUGACUGGGACGUGAUACACGGGCCUCACCGACGGUUGCACGUCUGAGGCCGAUUGGGGCGGUAGGGCUCACAGGGUAGCAAGGGAGAGAUACACGGACGGCACUGGCACUGGGUUGUGUGGGUGGUAGUUUUGGUCUUGUAGUUUUGUUGGACCCUCGGCCGACUAUGCGGCCGUCUGUUCCUGGAGGGGCUGGCUAUAUCAUACCUGCGGUUUGCUUUGCGUCAUUUGGCUCUCGUCUUGCCUUUUUUCUUUUCUUUUAAACACUUUUUCUUUCCUCUAUUCUACCGUUUCUCAUUGUGUUCUCGUUGGGCUCGCGACCUAGACCAGGCAGGAGGAGAUGGGUGCGCUUUAGGGGCUGUGAUAUUUGGUGUGCUCGAAUUACAUGUCUGAUGUUGCUGCCCUUCA